CUAUUACAACUGUUUCUCCGAUCCUAUACAGGGCGCACCAAUUUACCCACAAGUAGGGUUACUCGCUGUUACUGGAACCUCCCCUUGUUGUCCGGCCUUCCAUCCUCCCAAGAAGAUACGAUGGCGUGGCAACCCAACGAGGAGUCGUUGAGGACUCUGGCAGCAUGUCUGAAGGAUUCCCUGAGCGGCUUUGACAAGGCUGUUCAGAAACAAGCUGAGGGUAUGCUAGCCCAGGCGAAGAGCUCGCCAGAUAUCAACAACUACCUCGCCCUUAUAUUCUCGAGCGAGAGCCCUCCUGCCGGCCUUACCCUUUCCAGCCAAGAUUACCUCCUCGUUCGCUCGGCUGCCGCUAUCAUGCUCAAGAACAAUGUCAAGUCCCAUUACAAACAGAUCCCCGAGCCCAGUUUCGCCUUCAUUAAGAUGGCCAUCCCUCUGGGAAUCCAGGAUAAGAAUCCCCAGAUGCGGAGCUAUGCCGGGAACAUUGCCACCGAGUUGAUCCGCCGUGGUGGACUCUUCAGCUGGCCCGAGUUCCUCCCCGAGUUGCUCAAAAUGUUUGGCAACGAGGGAGGCCAGUUCUCUGAUGCGGCUCAAGAGGGCGCAAUAUCCGCCAUGGCGAAGAUCUGCGAAGACAACACAAAGAUGCUUGAACGGGAGCACAGUGGCCAACGGCCGCUCAACUUCAUCCUGCCCAAGCUCAUCGAGGCGACCAAGAGCCCCCUGACCAAAGUUCGGGCCCAGGCGUUGACCGCCAUCAAUGUGUUUACCCCGAGGAAAUCCCAGGCCAUGCUCAACAACAUCGACGACCUCCUACAGCAUCUCUUUUAUCUGUCCGAAGACUCGUCUACCGACGUUCGACGGCAGGUAUGCCGCGCGUUUGUCCGUCUCGUAGAGACACGACCGGACAAGCUCCUGCCUCACAUAACCGGGUUGGUGGAUUAUAUCAUCACGCAGCAAAAGUCCCAGGAGGAUGAGGAGUUGGCUUGCGAAGCCGCCGAGUUCUGGUUGUCUGUUGGAGAGCACGAGAAUUUGUGGCAAGCUCUCGAGCCGUAUAUCCACAAGAUCAUCCCUGUUCUGCUCGAAUGCAUGGUUUACAGCGGCGAAGAUAUUGCGCUUCUUGGCGGCGCAUCCGAUGACGAAGAUGAGGAGGAUAAGGAGGAGGACAUUAAGCCCAAGUUUGCGAAGAAGUCGGCGGUGCGGAUGCUCAAUAGCGAGGCAUCGGCAGAUGCGAAUCAAAACGGAAAUGCGUACGAGAAGCUGGCCAGCAUGGACGGCGACUUGGAGGAAGGUGAGAUCGACGACCUGGACGAUGGUGACGAGAACCCCGAUGAGCGAUGGACACUUCGGAAGUGCUCGGCCGCGGCGCUAGACGUCUUUGCUCGCGAUUUCGGCGCUUCCGUUUUCACCUCCAUCUUCCCCUACCUCCAGGCCAACCUCAGGCAUGCUGAAUGGCCACACCGAGAGGCUGCCGUCCUCGCGCUCGGCGCUGUUGCAGAGGGCUGCAUGGACGUGGUCACCCCGCACCUCCCGGAACUGAUCCCCUACCUCUUCACCCUCCUCGAUGAUCCGGAGGUGGUGGUCAGACAAAUUACGUGCUGGACCCUCGGCCGAUACUCUCUGUGGGCAGCCGAGCUGGACGACCCGGCCCAGAAGGCCACUUAUUUCGAGCCGAUGAUGGAGGGCAUCCUCACCAAGAUGCUCGACAAGAACAAGAGGGUCCAAGAGGCUGGCGCAUCCGCCAUGGCGAAUUUGGAGGACAAGGCAGCCAAGAGACUCGAACCCUAUUGCGGCCCUAUUAUCCAGCAGUUCGUCCGGUGCUUUGCAAAGUAUAAGGACAAGAACAUGUGGAUCCUCUACGAUUGCGUCCAGACCAUGGCAGAGCACGUCGGCCCGGUUCUGGCUCGACCCGAACUUGCGAAUCAGUUGAUGCCGGCUCUGAUCACUCGCUGGCAGAAGGUCGGCGACCAGUCUCGCGAGCUCAUCCCCUUGCUCGAGUGUCUCUCCUACGUCGCAAUGGCGUUGGGCGAUGCGUUCACUCCUUACGCCGAGCCCAUCUUUUUACGCUCGGUCAACAUCAUACACCAGAAUCUGGAGCAGUCUCUGGCUGCUACCAACAAUGCGAACUUCGACCAACCUGACAAGGAUUUCCUCGUGACCAGUCUCGACCUCUUGGGCUCAGUUGUUCAGGCGCUUGAGCAGGCUAAGGUUGGCGCGCUUAUAGAGAAGAGCCCGACUUUCUUCGAGUUGCUGAGCUUCUGUAUGGAAGAUCCAGCUGAUGAGGUUCGACAAUCAGCUUAUGCAGUCCUCGGCGACUGCGCCAAGUACGGCUUCGAGCAGUUGAAGCCGUGCCUGCAGUCGAUCUUCCCCAUCUUGCUCAAGCAGCUUGACCUGGAUAAUAUACUCGACGAAGAAAUCGACAGUGGGUUCAACGUCGUCAACAACGCCUGUUGGAGCGCCGGUGAGGUUGCAAUGCAAGCCAAGAAGGACAUGGCCCCUUACGUUCCCGAGCUCCUCCAGCGAUGUGUCGAAAUCAUGUCGAAUCCCCGAGUCCCCAAGGGCGUCAGUGAGAACGCUGCAGUCGCGCUGGGCAGACUUGGCAUCGACAACUACGACCAGCUUGGGCCGCACCUACAAACGUUUGCUGCCGAUUUCCUGUCGGCCAUGGACGAUGUCGACCCUUCGGACGAGAAGGCCACAGCAUUCAAGGGAUUCAGCAUGGUUGUUGGACAGAAUCCGCAGUCGAUGGAGAAAGAUCUGCUCCACUACUUCACGUCUAUCGCAAGGUAUCAGGAUCUGAAGCUACGGAACCCAAUUAGACAGGAACUGCACGAGGUGUUCCAGAACGUUAUCAACGUGUAUCGGCAAAUGAUACCUCAAUUCGAUCACUUCAUCAGCCAGUUGGACCCGCAGGAUCGAGAGGCCCUCAAGGCCAACUACGUAUUCUAGAGGAUUCCGGCCAGUGCAGCCUCGAGACAUGCGAGGCCUUCGACUACUGCAAUGGUCCGAUGAGACUCAACGGCGUUGGGCACGAGGGGCACAAUUUAUCGUAGAUAGCUUUAGCACCCAGUU